AAUCGAUUUUAUACACAGAACAACGAAUAAUGGCGCUCGCGCUGUUAGCAUCUCCUCCACCUCCGCUCGGGGGGUUCCGUCGCAGUUUUGGAACAAAGUGUUCGCUCUUCGCCGCACAUCGAGCCAAGCGGAACCUGAUGGAUCUCAUCUCCGACCAGGACCGAGGUCUGAGAACCCAGAAAGACGCCGUGAAGCGAGAUGCGAUCGUGAAUGCCAUCGAGGCCAUGGCGGUGAUCGGGGGAAGCUCCGUCACCACAGGAGAUUCGCUGUCUGCCACGUGGAGACUACUGUGGACGACUGAGAAAGAACAGCUGUUCAUCAUAGAGAAGGCGGGGUUGUUCGGCACGCGCGCAGGAGAGGUACUGCAGGUGAUCGAUGUGAGGAAAGGGACGCUCAACAACGACAUCACUUUCCCGCCCGACGGGGUUUUCUUUGUACGCUCCGAUAUCGACAUCUCUUCCCCGCAGAGAGUCAAUUUCAAAUUCACUAGUGCGGUGUUGAGAGGAAGCAAUUGGGAGAUCCCACUCCCACCAUUUGGCCAGGGCUGGUUUGAAAAUGUGUAUAUGGAUGGUGACAUCAGAGUGGCCAAGGACAUCAGAGGGGACUACUUAGUUGUUGAUCGUGCUCCUUUAAACUGGAAAGAAUGAUCCACACAGCAACACUAUUGUUACUCAACAGUGCAUCUCAUCCUUGUUGUUUCUUUUUAAUGAUCUUUGUUUUGUACAUCAACACUACUCUAUUCUACGACUUUACAUCAUCUAUUUUUAAUGCCAAAUGCAAACAUUUGCACA